AGCUGCUGCUUUAUUUCUUCCCUGGUGAGGAAUACUGGUUGGUUUUUCUACUUGAUAAUUUUAGAGUUCAAAUAAACACCAGUAAGUUGAUAUUGGAAAUUUCUAACAAGAAAGCUUUGAUUUUCCUGCGCUGUCUGUAGAGAAACGUGUGCAUUCAUGCUGGUGCUGUUUAUGCAGAGGAGAUCAAGCCAUGGCUGGUUUGCUCUUAACACAAACACUUGGCCACGGAGCCUCCUUUGCCAGUCGGUGCCCACCCCGUGCACUCCAGUGCACUGCCCUAAAUAAGGUGUUUUAUUUCUCCCCUCAGCCUAAAGUCCACAUGGAAACCAUGGAAGUUUCUCUUUUUAGACUGUUUCCUUUUUUGAUACUUGUUUUUGUGUGGAAAAUCCCAGUAAAGGUAAUGCUAAAUGUCCUGCCAUUCACCUGACUGUGGAAAACAAGUAUGCUGAGGCCUAACUUACACAGUAGGCUUGCAUGAUGUUCAGCUGAUAUCUGAGACAACAGCUGAUGCUUAGGCUGAUAACCUGACUUUGUUUUAAUAUCUUCUCUUUUUAGCAUAUAAGGUGUGUGGUUCAUAAUUGCUUUCUGGUUUUUUAGUGGUGUGAUCUAAUUUCUGCAAGCUAAUUUUGGACUGCUCUACACCCUGUUACAAGUACACUAAAGUGUGUUAGCUUUGAGCUCGGCAGGAAAGGAACAGCUUCUCGAUUACUAAAUGAAAAUGCAGAAAUGCAAGCAGGGAAAAUGUGCAAUAAUUUGUCAAACUUUGAGGACCUCACUUGGCUCCUGGGAGUUUGUAGAUAAUGGACCAGUGAGGAAGAUAACACUGUUCAUAAUACUGAAAUACUCUGGUUUCUGUGUUUCUAUGAAGGUAAGGUGGUGGCAUGUGCAGAUUGUGCUCUCAGGUGACUGCAUUGCCACCUUCUGUGACAAACAGGGCCCUUUUCUGUAGCAAGAGUCAUUUGGAUCAGUAGGGAUGGGGAAAACAGGGGCUCCAAAAAGCAAAGCAAUUGCUGCAAAAAAACCUGAAUCUGAAAUUUAAGACUUAAAUACUUGUGUCAUAUUUUCAGAGCAUAAAGAACUGACAUUGGAGGUGUUUAUGUAUUCAUUACAUGAUGGGAAACCAUGAAGUAUUCAUCAUCAUAUCAGCUCCAAAAUACUAAUGAAACUACUUCUGUGACAAUCAGCUGGAGUGUUCCCCUUUUUAUACACCUCAUCCAUUCGCCAUUCUUUGUUGCUGCAAAUGUGAUUUGAAGCAAACCUGGGUUUUCUGUGCUGUGAACUGUCCUGAGCCCCUGAGGCAGGCAGGGACAGGGUGGCAGAGGCUGGCAGGAGGAGGUGGUGCCUGAGGAGCUGGGAUCUGAGGAGGAUGCUGGCAUUGCCUGCCAAAGGCGACUCUCCUGGAACGCUUGGAGCCUUUCACAGCAGUUCUGAGACCACCCAUGGCUCCCAGGCCAGCUCUAGUUCUAAGGAUUCCUGCUGAUGUUUUUCCUGAGGGAAGCCAUGCCCUACCACAGAGUCCUUCGCCUGGUCCUGCUAACACUGUGCAGCAUCCCGGUCCCUGCUGUGCUGGCAGCAGAGUACCCGCAGGACGCGGUCCCCACCCUCUGGAACGAGCCGCCCGAGCUGCCCUCUGGAGCCGGUCCCUUCGACGCUGCCACUGCCACCGCCCGGCUGUCGGAUGGCACUGCCUUCCCCCCGUACACCUCCGAGCUGGAGCCCGAGGACACCACCCACCUGCACCGGCUGGACACCGGGGACGGCUCACUGGGACCUGGGGCUAUUGGUGCCAUUGUCAUCGCCUCCCUCCUGGGUACGUCUGUGCUUGUGGCCUUGGUCGUCAUCACACUGAGAAAGUUCUCGGCCUCCUGAACUCAAUAAAACAUUUUUCUG